GGGGUAGCCAUUUUUGCUGUUCGGCAUAGUUCUGAAAAACACACUGCACGAACGCUGUGACGUUUCUAGGAAGAUAGUUGCAUAGACAUAAUUAAAAAAAAAACACUAAAUCCUGGACAUCUGUGGUUGAUGUCUUUGGAAGCUGUUCAACUUCGAAACUUGGAAUAGGAAGAGUGGAUGUGGAAAUACUAAAAUGACUGACACUUUGGUGUCUUGGCCUCUUCUCAUGGGUCAACACCUUUGAAAAAGUGGACUUGGCCAUUCUAGCCAUUUUUUUCUGCUUGCAGCAUCACUGACUCCUUUAUUGAAUGAAUCUUAUUUAAAAUAUUCAAAGAAAACAUUAUUGGAAGAAGAACGAAGAACCUGAAGUUAUCUGAAGGGAUUUUUUUUUUUUUUUUCGCUGUCGUGAUUUUUCUUUAGGAGUUGCAAGGUGCAGGACGGCAAAUUGCACAUAUCCUUGCGAACUCUUGUGAACAAAAGCAUAAUCCUUUGUUACAUCUGUCAGAUUGAAUUAGCUGUUUUUGAAGAGGAACGAUGAGUACUGCAAGAACAGAGAGCCAAGUGAUUUUGGGCUUGUCUAAUCAGAAUGGCCAGCUUCGGGCCACAGGAAAGCCAGCAGGUGGCCCAGGUGGAGGGAGUCCUCAACAACCAGCAAGCCAAGUGAAGGCCUCCAGCACAAUCAACAAUGGCAGUUCCCAGCCAGCACCAACAAACACAGUCAUCAAACCUGGAGAUGACUGGAAGAAAAACUUAAAGGUCCCUCCAAAGGACAUGAGAAUGAGAACUUCGGAUGUGACCGCGACAAAGGGGAAUGAAUUUGAAGAUUACUGCUUGAAGCGGGAAUUGCUUAUGGGGAUCUUUGAGAUGGGCUGGGAGAAACCUUCCCCUAUUCAGGAGGAGAGCAUUCCUAUUGCUUUGUCAGGGAGGGACAUUCUGGCCAGAGCAAAGAACGGCACUGGAAAGAGCGGCGCCUACCUCAUCCCCUUACUUGAACGCAUUGACCUGAAGAAGGACUGCAUACAAGCAAUGGUCAUCGUUCCUACUCGCGAGCUGGCCCUGCAGGUGAGUCAGAUCUGCAUCCAGGUCAGCAAACACAUGGGCGGAGUCAAGGUUAUGGCAACUACUGGUGGCACCAACCUUCGUGAUGACAUCAUGCGACUUGAUGAGACGGUACAUGUAGUCAUUGCCACACCAGGAAGGAUCCUGGACCUCAUCAAAAAGGGAGUGGCCAAAGUCAGCCAAGUGCAGAUGAUCGUGUUGGAUGAGGCUGAUAAGCUCCUGUCACAGGACUUUGUGCUGAUGAUGGAGGAGACUCUGAGCUUCCUAUCCAAGCAAAGACAAAUUCUGCUGUAUUCUGCUACUUUUCCCAUCAGUGUGCAGAAGUUUAUGAAUUCCCAUCUGCAGAAGCCUUACGAGAUUAACCUAAUGGAGGAGCUGACUCUGAAGGGUGUGACUCAGUAUUACGCCUAUGUCACUGAAAGGCAGAAAGUACACUGUCUUAAUACUCUGUUCUCUAGGCUCCAAAUUAAUCAAUCAAUAAUCUUCUGCAACUCGUCUCAGAGAGUUGAGCUCCUGGCAAAGAAAAUCUCUCAACUUGGCUACUCCUGUUUCUACAUUCACGCAAAGAUGAGACAGGAACACCGUAACCGUGUAUUCCAUGACUUCAGAAAUGGUCUCUGCCGGAAUCUUGUCUGCACUGAUCUCUUCACCAGAGGAAUUGACAUUCAAGCUGUGAAUGUGGUGAUAAACUUUGACUUUCCCAAGCUUGGAGAGACAUACCUUCAUCGUAUUGGCAGAUCUGGACGCUUUGGACAUUUGGGUCUCGCCAUCAAUCUGAUCACCUAUGACGAUCGCUUCAACCUGAAGGGUAUAGAGGAGCAGUUGGGAACUGAGAUCAAACCUAUCCCCAGCAGCAUCGAUAAGAGCCUCUAUGUGGCCGAGUACCACAGUGAGAGCGGAGAGGCAUUGAAGCUGUAAGAAGAGAUCAUCUUUCCCAUACGCUCCCUUUAAUUACCCCCACCCCCACUUUGCUGUGGGGAUUUUUGUUUUUGUUUGUUUGUUUUUGUGGUCGCAUCAUUGUUUUGUUCUUCCCAUGUCUGUUUAUUUUAUUUUAUUUUGAUUGCUCCAUAAGAAAUCGAAAUGCCUGGUGAAUGCGGGGAAGGGAAUCGCGGCACUGAAUAGGAGGCUGAGCUGGAUAUCCAUUCAGAAGACUCGGACACUUCACUGAGGAGGGAAGUAUUGGAUAAAGGGACUCGAGCACCUUUCAAUCGAGAAAAAAAUGACAACCAACAGCCCACACCUUAUCAGUUAUUACAAGCAGCAACUCCUUUUCCGUUUAAUUUUCUCCUUUUUUAACUAACUGUAUCAAGUGCCUUAACAAGCAGCUUUUAAAAGUAAUCUCAUAAUGUCCCCACACCCUCAUGUACAUUGUCUUUUGGGCGUCUUCCAGUUCCCACCACCUACUGCGCCCACUUCUAACACCCCAAACAAACAUGCCCCCUCGCCAUUUUUCUUCAUUUAGUUUUUGAAUAGAUUUAAGAUGAGACUUCUUGCUCCGUCACAGAGUGGGCACAAGAGAAAAGCCAGAGAUAACGAACACAUUCAUGCUGUCUUCACUGCAUCGGAUACAACAUUGCAAUGAGACAUGGCUGUGUAUUCUCCCCACUCCUGCUCAGCCAUUGUGGGACUGAUGUUGCACCUAGAGUUUCCUUAAAGGCUGGUGCUGGCUGUUGAUCCAUUUGGUGUCGUGGAACAUGUACUUCUAUAGACUCUACCUUUCCUCCUCGGUCUUCAUUGUGCAGACUGAGAGACAUGAGCAGAUACUCUACAGACUGUCUCCUUUCAACCGUGAUGAUUCCUUCCUGAUGGAAUCUGGACAAAUCUUUCUUCGGCCCAAGGAGUGACAUUCGUAAUGGGUGGCUAAUCCUCUCACUUCAAGAUGUGCCAUCUUCACUGCUUAAUGUGGCACACUGUAAACUUGUAAAUACUUUCAUUUUUAAGGAUUGUUUUAAAAUGUGUUUAAAGGCUUGAUGAUGACUAGGGCAUCUCUGAGAUUUGGGGUUCUGUCAGCACUGUUUUUUUUUGUUUGUUUUUGUUUGUUUGUUUGUUUUUUUAAAUGUAUAGUUAUACUGAAACCAAAGUGUUCCCAACCCCUUUCUCCUCUGCUAAUGAGCAGCAAAUUUGACUAAAUUUAUUUAUUGAUUCAAGAAUAAUUUUGUGAAACAAGAAAGAAUGUGGAUGCAAAUGGAGGUUUCCUCCCAGAUUUAUAAUUGGUUUACUUUGGCACUUUUCUUUAGUUAAAUAGCUUCCCAAGCAUCCUUAAAGCAGUGUUGACAGAAACUCUUGAUCUUUAGGCUGCUAAAAAAAGUAAAGCCUUGUACAAACACACUUGCCCGCUUGCCAUCUGGUAAUACAGAUGUGCAAGGUAGGCACACCCUAGUCAAAGUGACUUCUAAUCACAACAUAAACAAAAAUUUGCAUCAUGUAGUGUAAGUCUUCUGCUGCAGUGCAGCUCAAUUGGCAGAUUGUAAAUUAGUAAAUAUGAUGAUGCUGUUACAUCGGUCUCCUCACUGCCAUAUGCACUAAAAUGACUUCUGCAAGUGAGUACACACGAGUACCUAGACUGUUGUGAACUCUCCGCUUAGAGAGGAGGUGAAGGAGAAAAAGAAAAUCAGUCUGAUCUUUAACACUAAAAUUGAUUGGAGGUUACCGCAUUGAGCUUUAAAAAAACAAAAAAAAACAAAGUGGCUCAAAUGCAAGUUAAAGGCAAUGUGUGCCUAAUUUUUGACUGGACUUCAGGGUCCGACUGCGCUGAUGAUUACACCUUGUCGGCUGUCGGCCUAAGUAACUGAGGUGUUAACGGGAAAUUUUAUUUGGGGUGGGAUGUGGGUGGUAUUGGCUCCUGCAGAGGCCAUGGGUGGUAAUAACACACAUUUGUGUGUCUACAGUUUUUUGUGUGUGGGUGUGUGCAGCAGAGCAUCCCCUUUAGCGCUUAAGCCUGGGAGCUCAGAAAAAAAAAAUGUGGUUGGGAUACAGAGUUGAGGGCAAUAUUUUUAUUUGAAUUUUUCUGCAGUUGCAUAUUUACUUAAAGUAACACGCCAACAUUUUGAGAUUAGCUGAUUUACUAUCUUCCCAAAAGGUAAAGAAGGGGAUACAUACCCUUCUCUUAUCUGUGUGUAAUAACCCAGUUUGACACUGUUCGCCAAGCUUAGCGUAAUUCACUGGACGUGAGUUCGACCAAUUAGUCUGUAGCUAAAAGGGAGCUGUAGGCUAACUGGCCCCACUUCCAGUGAAUUACGCUAAGCUAGGCUAAUGCUGACAGACUGGGUUAUUGCGCACACACAGAGAAGAGAAGGAUACGUUUUCUCUUCUCCAACUGGGAUAGACUGGAAAUAAGAGAACUUCCCAAAAUGUUGGUAUCUUCCUUUAAGAUAAUAUGGUUGGGGUUGGGGAAAGCUUAUUUGGGUAAGUUGUUAUCUUGUUAAAAUGACCCCUUGAUAGUCAGAGCUGCCAAACGUAAUGCAUGUGUGCAGACAAGCCCUCAGUGGCAAUUUCCCAGUAACUGUAAGAUGCUCAUUGUUCCACUGUUCAUCAUCAAGUGUCAUAGAUGCUGUUGGUUUCCAACAGGCCAUUUUGUGCACACGAAAAUAUUGAGGAAAACAAUUAAAUUAAAUCUUUUUGAGAGUAAAUUGGAAACAAUGAGGACAACCUAAUAGGAACUUCUUAGAGAAUUGGGCAAAUUUUGAUGUGCAGUGGAACUUCAGGCCCUUGUUCUCUCUGCUUAGUGCCCCCUUCAAAACACACAAAUCUACCAGUCAUGUCAUUGACCUUUCGUGGGGUGGGGGGAAAAAAACGGAGAUUUGUGUGACUAGAUGAGUGAACAAGGGCCAGAUCGCAGGAUGUCUUGGCAGCUACCUGCAUUUUCCUUGUCUUGCCUUGAAAGCUGCCAGCUAACACCAAAAAGCAUGUAAUGCAUUUAUGUUAGCUGGGAGUAACUAGGCUGCAAGAGUUGAGAGGUAGCGGUGCGUAUGUGUGAGUGUAUGUGUAUGUGUGGAAUUACUUUGCAGAAUGAGAUAAAGGGCAUCUUACCACGCAAGUGACUAAAUUUAUCUCAUUCUUCAAAGGUUUUUGUUUGUUUGUUUUUUUGUUGAGGUUUUUGCGGGUGGGAGAUUGCUACCCUUAUGCAUCCAAUUCCUACCUCAACUGUAUUUAGGGUGGUGGUUAUUCAACCACAUAACUCUACUAUUCACAAUAUAGUUGAAGGAUUUGGGUGCAUUAGCAUGGGGAGGGAAGGGAAGGAGAGUAGAGAAGACUACUUGGAAAUAUUUUGUUUUAUGAAAGUGAAAAAUUCUUUGCCCUUUAAGCCAGAUUUUGUUUCCCAAAUUUCAGAUUGAUGCAACUCCGCAGUAUUUACACUGAAAAGCAAAAUAUUGGUAAUUUGACGCUCUUUUUUUCUUCCCCACCAAAACUCAAUUGGCAAUAUUACAGUGGGCCAUUCAUAUAUUUUAUGAAUCUGUGAAAAGUUAAAUGCUGUGGUACCAUCUGACGUGGCUUCAAGUGAAAGUUUUUGUUCGGAAAUAAAGCUCACUGUAAUCCA